AUGACAGAGACUACUAUAAAACCCGAGGCGGAGGACCUAGAGGACGGCGCAAGUCUGGAAGAGCUGAACGAGAAGAAGAAACUACCUGAAGAGGAGAAGAAAUCGAGAUACUGCACAUCACCUAGACUACUUUGGAGCGUCGGACUAUUCACAAUGGUUCUUAUUGCAGUUACUGUUGCGCUGGCGCUGGGUAUACGCCUUAUACGUGCGGCCGCGGACCCGUCGGCGAUUGAUCAGGAUAGUAAGAGGAGUGAAGAUAUAUCCUCUAACAGGAGGGACGAUAUCAAGAUCGCUGACAUGACGGGAUAUGUGCACCCAUUCAUGGGCGUCCAAAACGGCGGCAACAUGUUCCCCGGCGUGACCCUCCCCUUCGGUGUCGUCAAGAUCGGCGUCGACAUGCUUCCAGCCACCGGCACGGCCGACGCCUACUCGGGCUAUCUCCCCAGCGGGCGCGUGACGGGCUUCUCGCUCAUGCAUGAGUCGGGCACCGGCGGCGCGCCCAAGUACGGCGUCGUCUCCCAGCUGCCGCUCACGGGUGCGGUCGAGAACCCGCUUGUGGACAACGCGCCGCUGCGCGUGGGCGACGACGAAGCCGAGGUGGGCCGGUACAAGACGACGCUGGCGAACGGGGUGGUGACGGAGCUGACGGCGGCGGCGCAUGCGGGGAUGAUGCGGCAUCGGUUUGCGGGCGCCGACGGAGGCGUCCAUGUGUUGGUGGAUGUGUCGCAUUUCUUGCCGAGUUUCCGCGGGCAGGGCAUUGAGCAGAAGUAUGUUGAGGGCGAGAUUGAGGUGGAUGCGAAAGGGAAAUACACCGGCUUUGGCGUGUACAAGGGGGGCUGGAAUUUAGGUGAGGAUUGGAAAAUCUAUUUCUGCGGAACGGUCGACAAGACGCCAUCGCAAGCACGCACAUUCGCCGGGACUGCUGUUUCCGGUGAGACAUUGGAGUCGUUCGGGAAUGCGACCAAGGUGUCGGGCAAGAAGAGGCUUGGUGCGCUGCUCUCGUUCAACUCCACCGCCGGGCUGGAGCUGGUGGUCGAGUCCAAGAUUGGCAUCUCGUUCAUCUCGACGGCGAAGGCGUGCGAGUUCAAGGAGAAGGAGAUCCCGGAGUCGAACUCGUUCGAGGCGCUGGUGAGCGCGGCGAAGGAGACGUGGAAUAACGAGGUGUUUUCGUCGAUUACUACGACUGAGACGGACUCGGCGAAGUUGGGGCUUUUGUACUCGUCGCUGUACGGAAUGUUCUUGAUUCCGUCGAACCGCACGGGAGAGAACCCAAAGUGGACGUCCACCGAGCCUUAUUACGAUGACAUCUUCACGCUCUGGGAUCUCUUCCGCAGCCACACGCCGCUCAUGCACGUCCUCAUGCCGCACCGCUACGAGGACUACAUCCGCUCGCUCAUUGACGUCUGGCGUCAUGACGGCUACCUCCCCGACGGCCGCUCCUCCAACUUCAACGGCCGUGUGCAGGGCGGCAGCAACGCCGACAACGUCCUCGCCGACGCCUACGUCAAGGGCGUCCGCGGCGGCAUCAACUGGGACGACGGCUACAAGGCUAUGGUCAAGAACGCCGAGGUCGCGCCGGCCAACAACAACGACGCCAUGGCUCCGGACUCGUCGACCAAGGAGGGCCGCGGUGCGCUCCCGGACUGGCUCGAGAAGGGCUACAUCACGACCAAAUACAGCCGCAGCGUCUCACGCGCGUCCGAGUACUCGCUCAAUGACUUUGCGCUCUCGCAGGUCGCAAAGGGCCUCGGCAAGACGGACGACACAGAAAAGUACCUCAACCGCUCGCGCAACUGGCGAAACCACUGGGACGCAAAGUCGACCGCUUUCGGCUUCACGGGCUUCCUCUCGCCCAUCGACCAGAACGGAGCUUUCCCCACGCCCGCCUGGGACCCGCUCAGCUGCGGCGGCUGCUACUGGGGCGACAACUACUACCAGGCGCUGCCCUACGAGUACUCGUUCGGCGCCCACCACGACAUGGAGACACUCAUCAAGUACAUGGGCGGCGACGACCUCUUCACGUCCCGCCUCGCCAAGCUCUUCGAGCCCGGCGCGAACCCGAGCGGCGACGCCCGCUUCGGCAAGACGCUCUUCAACCCCGGCAACGAGCCCAGCUUUGCCUCGCCGUACCUCUUCAACUACGUCAACCGGCAGUCGCUGAGCGUGCAGAAGGCACGCUUCAUCGCCACCUCGUACUACAACACGGGCAACGAGGGGCUUCCGGGCAACAGUGACGCCGGCGCGAUGCAGUCGUGGCUGCUGUGGAAUAUGAUUGGACUGUACCCGAUGACGGGGUCGACGACGUUCCUCAUUGGGUCCCCGUGGUUUGCGGAGUUGAACCUGAACCUGGGAGAUGGGAAGCAGGUCAGUAUUAAGACUACUGGCGGCUCCGACACGGCGUAUUAUGUCCAGAGCUUGAAGGGCGGGACGAUGGAGUUUGUGUUGGGGACGGAGGUGAAGGCGUGGGAUACGGGCGCGAGACCGCCGAGUUAUGCGACCUAG